UCUGGCCGGGCGGGCUUCGCGGUACACCACGGCUCUCGGCGUGGGCGGCAUGGAGGAGCGCAGCGAUCCCGAGCCUACCCCGGGCUGCAGCGGCGCUAGCCCGGGGCCCGCUCGCGCUGGCGGCGGCGGCGGCGGCGGCACCCCCCGCACGUGGGCUCCCGAGGACGCCUGGAUGGGCACACACCCUAAGUACUUAGAAAUGAUGGAAUUAGAUAUAGGAGAUGCCACCCAAGUUUAUAUAGCAUUCUUGGUUUACCUGGAUCUCAUGGAGAGUAAAAGUUGGCAUGAAGUGAACUGUGUAGGAAUACCAGAACUCCAGCUUAUCUGCCUCCUGGGCACUGAGAUAGAAGGGGAGGGGCUACAGACUGUGGUGCCCACACCCAUUUCUGCUUCCCUCAGCCAUAACAGGAUAAGGGAAAUCUUGAAGGCAUCGAGGAAACUGCAAGGUGAUCCAGAACUGCCGAUGUCUUUCACUUUGGCCAUAGUGGAGUCGGAUUCCACAAUAGUCUAUUAUAAACUUACAGAUGGAUUUAUGCUGCCAGACCCUCAGAAUAUUAAUCUCAGAAGAUGACAUCUGUCCUCUCAAUGAAAGAUUGCAUUUGAGGGCCAUCACCGGCUUCGUCUUGUCUCAGCUAGUUCCAACCCAUGAGCUUUCUUUCUUUUUUUUUUUUUGAGACAUGGUUUCUUUGUGUAGUUUUGGAGCCUGUCCUGGAUCUCACUCUAUAGACCAGGCUGGCCUCGAACUCACAGAGAUCCGCCUGGCUCUGCCUCCCAAGUGCUGGGAUUAAAGGCGUGUGCCACCAACACCACCCAGCCCCAUGAGCUUUCUUUCAGCAUAAAACCUUCUCAAGUGGAAGAAUCUAUAUUGCUUGCAAAUAGAGGGUAGUUAGCCUAAACUUUCUUAUCAGAGACAUUGCAGUUCUAUGCAGGUUUCUACCAAGGAAAUGUUCAGAGUGUGGAACCUGUGGAUGCCUCUGCCAUCCCCGACAGGAGUCAGUAGACAGGUGUCCGUGAAUGGCACAUGAGAAGAUACUACAGUGAGAAAUGACACAGGAACACUAGAACAUGGUCAUGGAUGCAGAUGGCGCACCAAGCCAUAAAAGUAGACAAUCACUACCAGUUGUGGUCGUAGUAGGAUAGCAGGCCAGUGAGUGCAUAACUCUGUCUUCUCUUGACAUUUCAUUUGUUAUUUGUAUUACUUUUAUAAUAAAAUGUUUUAAAAUAAAAAUAUAUCUUGAAAUCUA